GUGACUGGUCAACCGAUUAGGGCCACGCAUCGGACUGGGGUCGGGACUGCAGCCUCCUCGGAGAUCCACGCAGCCUCACCCUCUCGACACGGAGCCCCACGAGGGGGGGCCCAGUGGGGAGAUGCAGAACCUCCUGGGGCCCGCGUGCAUCUUCCUCCGGGGGGGCCUAGCCGAGGCCCUCAUCAAGGAGAGGGAACUUCGCCCCGAAGAGAUUGAAGAGCUGCGCGAGGCGUUCCGCGAGUUUGACCGCGACGGCGACGGUUUCAUGACGUGCCGCGACCUCGGCCUGUGCAUGCGGACCAUGGGCUUCAUGCCCACCGAGAUGGAGCUGCUGGAGCUCUCGCAGAGCAUCAACAUGACUCAGGGUGGCCGCGUGGACUUUGAAGACUUUGUGGAGCUGAUGGCCCCGAAACUCCUGGCGGAGACGUCGGGGAUGGUGGGGAUCAAAGAGCUGAGGGACGCCUUCCGUGAGUUUGACACGAACGGGGACGGCAGGAUCAGCUCAGCGGAACUGCGUGAGGCCGUGGCGCAGCUGAUGGGGGAGCAAGUGUCGGCCCGGGAGAUCGAUGAGAUCGUGCGCGACGUGGACACCAACGGAGACGGACACGUCGACUUCGAGGAGUUCGUGAAGAUGAUGUCGCGCUGAUGGGCGGGACCGUCCCGCGGGCGAGCUCGACGACGCCGCCACUCAUCCCACACAUCGUACCUCCCCCCCGACCCCACCACCCGGCCCCCGGACCCGGUCACCCUCUCCUCGACCUGCGCUUCCCUCCCACAUUGAAACGCGGCGCCUCUCGGGCGCGCAUGUUUCGUGUUGUUCCCGCGUGCCCGUUGUUCGGUGCGCCAUGUCCGACGUUUUGCUGCACGUGCCGGGAAAAGCUUCUCCUGCUGGGAAGGAGGCUCCCAGCACGUGGAGCGGAGACGUCGCGCAUGGCGCCCAAAUGGCACGCGAGCGACUCUCGCGAGAGCGGCGGCGGAAACACCGAGGGGAGGUUGGGAGGGAAAUUUAGUCAGCAUUACCACCUUCGAUAGCGUCAAUCGACUGGGUGCUCAAGUAGUCCACUCUCAUUAGCUCUCGACAUACAUGGGGAGUGCUGAGGUGUUGCUACAUUAGGUGGUACCAGUUUCUGCUCUCGCCCGUGGGCUAAGCGUCUCCUCGCGAGUUUAACCACGAGUUGUCAAUCCCUAUCCUGUAUCCAAAUGUAUUCACCACCUCCACCACCACCCCUCGUAUAGAGCUGCUCGACACACGGUGCGUUUGAGCGACACUUUCCGUGCAAGCCGCAGCAAUGAAGAACAUAUAACGUGACGCACCGUGCAAUGCAAAUUCCAUUUGUCCUUAACGUCCUUGUGUGUGUGCGCGCGCGCGCGUGUGUUCGUUCCUUGCAAAAGCGAAGGCCCUUGCCUGAUGUAUCUUUAUAUCUAUAACACACACAUGUACUUUGGAGCUAGUUCUGUUAGUCUCCUGUUAAGUAAAGCUGCCAGAUUUCUGGGAGGUCAUCCAGGACAUGGUGACGAGCCGACAACUCCCCUCCUUCAGGCAGGCCGUGCCGUUUCCUGUUGGCAUGAGUUGAACACCAGGCCAGGAGAGCAGAGGCCCCCCACAAAAUCCGGAGUUUUUGCGGGGACAUUGGGACAGACUUUGUGAACCCACCGGGGUGUGAACCAGAAACAUGGUAGCCACCGGUACCGGUACGCAGCGGCCCUGCUGUAGCAACAAGAGGAAACGGAGGAGUUUGUACUUAAUUCUAGAUUAGAAGUUUUCGUGACUGCAAGGAUCCAUACUCUUUGGUUCUUUCGGUAAAGUCACGUGGGUGAAAAUAAAAAUAAAAUGAAAAAGUGAAAACAACUAAAUUAAAUCACGACGUUUCGGGCGCAACACAAGCGUCCUUCAUCAGGUGGGGAUUUUGUACUUUUAGCCAGAGCCGUUGUUAUUGCACGCACACUGCCCGCAUCGGUCCAGAUCCAUCACUCGUGUCUUCCCCAUAGCGACCCCACCGUUAGAGUCGCGACCUCCGAGAUAACAAAAACAUGUCGGGACACAUCAUGGUAAAGAGGAAUCUCUCACGAUAUCAGAAAAUGGGAGCGCUGCGUGUGAACUCAUCGAUUAAUUGGUGCAUUAUUAUCAUUGUUGUUAUUCCAGUGAAUAAAUAAAAACAGGGACUUGUAAGGUUACAGGGAGAUUGACAAGAUUUGCCAGAAUGGGAGCAGCUGCCUCCUGGGAAAACCGGGACAGGUGGCAACCCCCGAGUUGUUCUGUGAAGCAACAGGGUUGUCAGCAAGCUGCUGCUGUGGGGGCUACGUUGUCAACAGCAGAGGCCCGUGCAGCAAAAUCCAUUGUUGUACUGCACUUCAAUGCUCCCGCGUCAAGCCCCUUAAAUACAUUGACCCACACUUGACCACCGUGGUGAAAUGUGGUCAAAUAACUUUAACAAAAAGGCGACUUUCGCAACCAAUAGUAUUCACUUUUUGGGUUAGAUAUCGCGUAAAUGUAACUGUUGUACACCCACAUCCACGCAAGAAAGCCAUGAAAGUUUAUAUUAUUGGUUCUUUCGGUAAAGUCACGUAGAAGGGAAAUAAUAAAAUAAAAUAAUAAAAAUAAAACAUUCUCACGACGUGAGAAAAGUUUUUCAAAUUUGCUUGUGGUGUUCACACCUGAUGAUGAUUGCUUGUGUUGCAAUCGAAACGUCGUGAGAAUUUUAUUGUUUUUUUUCCCUUCUACGUGACUUUACCGAAAGAACUAAGAAUAUGAAUCCCUGCAGUCACGAAAGCUUUAAAUCCAUUAAGGUUUGUCACGUGAUCAGAACGUGCCCAAUGUAUCACUUCUGGCAAACGCCUGAUGCUGCUGAUUGUAACCACCAGCGAGACAUCGAUCCGUCGAUUGUAAAUGUUGUGGUUUUGCUCUCCAACACAACCCGGUGGUGCCGAAGUAGUCACCAAUGUGCACGUUCCGUUCACGUGACAAAUCGCGAUGACGUCACGCCACGCACUCGUCCGCUCCCCGUCGACGUUUUUAGGCGAAACGGCGUCAUCAUCGCCGCCCAUUAAAUAACCACGUGCAACGAAUUGAUGACCCCUUUGCUUUAAAUCGCUGUUCGCGGUUUUCUUCGGCGGCGUCUCUCCCGAUAACGACGUCCCCCCCCUCCCCCCCCCCCCCCAUUUUCAGUGGAACUUCCUCUACAGCAGCAGCUGCACCAGCUACAGCUGGUGCUUUGUGGGAGAUGUUCUCUCUCUUUUGGGAGUCGGUGCACGUCGCCGUUGUGUAGGCAGGCGGUGCAAUCUCACCCCCGUGGGACGAACACAACCACGGCGCCCGCUGGAGGGUUGACGACAUCAAACGCGACGGGAGUGGCGCUGACCACUGUGUGUGUGCGUGUUGCCAGCACUUUGAAACUCCGUGUGACACCAUUCCAUCACCACUUACCCCGUAAUAAAGCCUCGGAUUAACAGG